GAACUUCGGACGCAGCUGCUUAUUAUUUUGUUUUUUAAUUUUUUUUUAGUUAAAAUGUUAGAUCUGGAUCUCAAUCUCCCCCCAUUGCCACUCCACGGGCCAACGCAAAUCUGCGCCAUCGACUCCCCAUCGCCACUCCACGACCAACACCGCCGCCGUUUCCACUCCCACCCGACGUUCCCUCUUUCAAUCUGCAAAUGAUGUCGUUUCGGAACGCCGCACCACUCCAUAGACGAGACCAACGCUUCCUCCCCUGCCGAUCUACUUGGUCGAGAUCUCCGCCACCGCAACGCAACCACCGGCUCUCCUGCGACGCCGACGCUACCACCGCACCGCCUCCGCCCCAGCUACCUUCGUCCACGUAUUCCCGGUCAGCAGGUAACUUGUGUGUAGUAGCUGUAAUCCUUGUUCACUUGGUAACCAUGUAAACAAACUUCUUAUACUCUUACAGCAAAGAGAGACAAUGUUGGAAGACGCAGCUUUGGGAGCCUUAGGCUCAUUAGCUGAAUCAGCCAUGGAUGAGUUUUGGCCAUUCUAUGGCAUUGUAAUGCCCUACCUAAAAUUUACGGUAGUAACUGCAAAAGCGGAUUCUGAUUACUUGCUUGUAGCCAACUCCCUGAAGUGCAUUGCUGUGAUUGCGGUGGUAGUGGGGAAAAGUAUGUUCUAUGCUGAUGUCGAUGAUGUUGUUAGAGAUCUCAUCUUGUUACAAGAAUCUAACUCUGGAAACGAUGGCACAGUGAGGGGUUAUUUGCUACAGGCGUGGGGUGGAGUCUGCCGAUCUUUAGGGGUGGACUUUCUUGCUUACCUGAGUGUUUCCGUGCCUCAGCUGAUUCAGUCUGCUAAACGGAUAGAUUACCUGACAGAUGAUGUUGAUAGUGAUGAUAAGCGAAGAAGUAUUAUCUUGAAGGAGAAGUUCUUGGCUUGUAAUACAAUAGGCUGCUUUGCUGCUCAUAUCAACAGAGGACUGCAUAUGUGGAUUAAGGAGGUUGUAGAUGCUGUUCUUCCACUUAUCAAUUUUAAACUCGAUGAACGAGUUAGAAUAGCUGUAGCAACAGGUAACCUUUCUUUCGGUGUCUCCUUAUCGUGGAUUGUGAGCUCUAUAUUAAUCAACUCAAGUAAGGAUGUAUACACAGACACACAGAUACACACACAGGCACACACAAACAUAUAUUGGAAUAUAGCUAUUUAGCUGUUUUUUUUUGCUUUUUUUUUUAAUUCUAUUUCAGUAAUCUUUUGAUAGGCAUGUGGGAAAAUGAGCAUGCAUUCACUGCUUGUAUUUGCAAUGUUAUUAGUAUUUUAAUUCUUUUGAAUGAUGAUGUCCAUUUUUAAAAUGAUUGGCAGCUAGAAAAAUAUGGGCAUGCCCAAGAUGUAAUAUAUUCAGGCCUUCAUAUAGAUCCAUCAAGGUAAUGUAACAAACUUCAAAUGGAAGCUACAUCCUUACUUGAGUUGUGUAGAAGAAUGGUUGUUUGAUGUUUGCCAUUUGUUUAUAUACCUCCCUGUUUAUUUGGGAAUAUGAUAUAUUCAAUCUGCUUACUUAAAAUGUUCUGCUCAUCUUUUAUAUAUUCCAUAAAUUAUAAUUAAAUGUGAAAAUUUGUGUGCAUUAGUAUGUCCUUAUGAUUCUAGGUCUUGAAUCAAGUUGAGCUUGAUUGUCCUGACAUUGAAACAUUAUGUAUAAAAGAUCUCAUUGACGAA